AUGAGAAGUGAUGGUAGCGGAGGCAAGAGGUCGUCGGUGACGGCGGCGGCUUGUAUUGGUUGGUGGUGGUGUGGUGGAGGUUGGGGAUUAGUUAGGGUUUUGAGAGGAGAGGGAAUUUUGAAAAAAAAUUGGGUCUUUAAGGGUUGCUGGAAUCUGGAGGGAAAGAUAAGUUGUUGUUUGCCAAACCUGGCUUCAAAAUGA